GAAGCACUAACCACUUUCCAUUCAUGAUAUUUAUUUGGCUUUUCUUUGUUUUGUGAUCAUAUUGGAUUGUAAAGCAAGUAUCAUCAUAAGCCACUGGAUUUUGACAGUAGACUUGAGUUAAUAAUCUGGUAUACGCCACAAACCUGACCGAUAGCUGAUGCCUUGAUGUGAUGAUAAGUUUUGCUUAUUCCAACUACUUAGCUCGUUACUGUCUACUGUAAUGCUACUGUUUCAAGAAAUUUGGCAGAAUGGCAGUUUGUAAGCGUUGGUACUAUAGUUGGCCUUUGAAAAUAAAGCUGUGCUCUUGUUUUUACGAGGAUGUGUUAAAAGUACGGCUUCUCUCAAGUAAUCGAAAUUUCGGGUAAUGUUGCCUUUCCAUUCUGAAAAGCUCGGAAUAUGUUGAUGCUCUUAAACGACUACAAAUGUUGCAUAUUGAAGGGAAGGAGUUGAAUCAUGAUGAUGAAUUGCUUAUAGAUUCGUUUGGUUUAAAUUAUGAUUGUUCUGGUUUUCACAGUGUUUUUGACUAUGCUGUAGCUGCAGUCAGUGGUAGUUUAGCUGCAGCUGACACUUUAGUCUCUCGCCAUUGUCAGGUAGUGAUCAACUGGGGUGGUGGAUGGCAUCACGCUAAAAGAAGUGAGGCCUCUGGUUUUUGCUAUAUCAAUGAUAUUGUUUUGGCCAUUCAUCGAUUGAUAUCAUCAAAUCCAUCAAAAAUUUCAACUAACUCCAAUUGUCAAACACGUGUACUUUAUAUUGAUCUUGAUCUUCAUCAUGGUGAUGGAGUGGAAGAAGCUUUUUGGUAUAGUCCUCGUGUAGUCACAUUUUCUGUACACCAUGCAUCUCCUGGUUUCUUUCCUGGCACAGGAAAUUGGAAUGCAUCAAAUGAUGAUAACAAACAGCCAGUUUUCUCAAAUGGUGCUGGUCGUGGUCGAUUUUCAGCAUUUAAUCUACCAUUAGAUGAAGGGAUCAAUGAUUUCGAUUGGUCUCAAGCAGUAGGACCUGUUCUUGACUCACUUAACAUGAUUAUUCAACCAAGUUAUAUUGUAGUCCAGUGUGGUGCUGACUGUUUAGCUACUGAUCCACAUCGAGUAUUUCAUUGACCAACUUUUAUCCAAAUCCAGAUACAGAUUUAGAUUAUGCAUCUGAAAACAGUUUAAGUGGAUACUUGUAUGCUAUAAAGAAAAUUUUAUCAUGGAAUAUUCCAACAUUAAUAUUUGGUGGUGGUGGAUAUAAUUUUCCUGAUACCGCCAGAUUAUGGACAAGGAUAACAGCAAUAGUAAUUGAAGAAGUUACAGGGAAGAAGAUUUCACUCUCUUCUGAAAUCCCAGAACAUUCCUACUUCUGUCGUUAUGGUCCAGAUUUUGAGUUGGAUAUUAACUAUUUUCCGCAUAAAAGUAAGAAUAAGUCGAUUGACAAGAUAAAACAACAUCAUCAUCGUCUACUUGAACAGUUGUGUGAUUAUGCUGAUUUAAACAAGAUUACAUAUGAUUGUGAUAAGCUGUACAAGUUAUACAACUCAACUGAUAUGUAACACAGUGAAGAUUUAUUUAUAUAUAAUUUCAUCUAUGCAUUCAUUAUUAUUAUUAUUAUUAUUAUUAUUAUUAUUAUUAUUA